ACAAGAAUGUCAUCAAUAAAGACCGCUGGAAAGAAACAACAAUGGAUUCCAUCAAUACAUAAUGUUCUUGAAACAAAGACUUCAAAAACUUCCAGCUUGUUAGCAGAGUUGUGAAGGUUACAACAUCAUGAAUGAAUUCUAACGAAGCUCGAGACAUCGAACUGGCUUUAAAUGAAGGAAACUAUUGAUUUAUAUCAAUGGCAGAUUUUCAGACUCACCCGGGUGUAAGACGGUCUGACUGGCGGUUACACAGAAAAGAGGAAAGCACGUCUUCUUCUUUGAAGGAAGACCUCUAUACUAUUGUUCAAGGAAUGUCCAAAAGGGUGUUUGGAAUGGGAGAGACCACUCUCGCAGGCGUCUCGAAAGGAGGCGGUCAACACCACCCUGGGGAUAAAAGCGACGAGCACCCGAAGGCUUCACGUUGGAGUCCAGGCGUUUCAGAGAGGAGCAACUCAAGUAAGUCGAGUUUCUCCCUGGCUAAGAUGGCCAGCGAAAAGCGAGCGAGACGGGUGAGAUUUUACCGCAACGGCGACCGCUUCUUCAAAGGGAUGAUUUAUGCAGUGUCCACAGAGAGAUUUCGGUCGUUCGAGAACCUUCUCACAUCUCUGACAACGUCAUCGUUGUGCGACAAACGCGUGAUGCCCCAGGGAGUCCGACACAUCUUCUCGGCGGACGGCGCGAAUCGGAUCACCAGUCUGGACCAGCUUCAGGACGGGGAGAGCUAUGUGUGUGCUUCCAACGACGUUUUCCGCACUCUGGACUACUCAAAGAACGAGGACCCGGACUGGAACAGAAGCCUUAGCGCCAGAUCCCAGACGCGGGAGACGCCAUACUACCAGCCUAACCAGCAGCUGGAGAGACAGUCUUCUCAGAGUGACCAGCACCGCUCCUCGUCUUCACAGAGUCAACACAGGCCUGGCAGCUUGGCAGGGAGCAGACCAAACUCGUCCCGGGCCAAACCCUCCAAGAGUGAGAUGUGCCCGUCCAACAGCAAGGAGUACGACAAGUACCAGCAGUCCUUCGUCACGCCCCGCCUCAUCACAGUCAUCAAACACGGCAAGAGGCCGCGGCGUGCCGUCAGACUGCUGCUCAACAAGAAGACGGCGCAGAGCUUUGACCAGGUGAUGGUUGACAUCACAGAAGCUGUGAAAAUGGACAGUGGGAAUGUUCGCAAACUGUACGCUUUGUCUGGGCGACAGGUGACAUGCUUGGCCGACUUCUUCGGGGAAGACGCUGUUUUUCUAGCCUGUGGCAAAGAAAAAGUCUCAAUGGAAGAUCUAAAUCUUGAUCAAAGAGAGGUUCGCCAAGUGAACGCUUACCGCCCCUUCACUGGCAAGACCCGGGAGAGAGUGACACUUCGUAGAUCGCGGAACACUGGCUCCGACACCGAGUCCCGUGCCUCCAGCACCAAGAGGAGCUCAGAUACGUCUGAUGGAUUGGCAAGAAGUUCAGAUCACGGCUCUCUCGCCCCUGGGAAAGAAAAUGGGACAGAAACUGAAGCAAAGACGGAGCUCGGGAAUGAAAGCGAAAAAGACGAUGAAAAAAAUUUUGAUAUCCACAAGAUUCUGAAGCCAGUGGCUCUCACAAACAAAUAUGAGAUUGGUGCUCUCAUAGGAACUGGAAACUUCGCUGUCGUCUUAGAGUGCAAAGAGAAGAAGACGAAAAGAAAGUUUGCUCUGAAAAUAAUCAAUAAGGACUCUUGCAAAGGGAAGGAGAAGAUGAUCGACAACGAAGUGCGCAUCCUACGCUGUGUCAAACACCCUAACAUCAUCCGGCUCGUUGAAGACUACACCAACCAGCAUCGCAUUUUCUACAUCAUGGAACUGGUCAGGGGUGGCGACCUGUUUGAUGCUAUUGCAUCCUCCACCAAGUACACAGAACAAGAUGCUAGUGGCAUGCUCUACAAUCUAGCCAGUGCCUUGGAUUACCUUCACGGCAUGCACAUUGUCCACAGAGAUGUCAAGCCGGAAAACUUGCUGAUUCGGCAACACGAUGACGGAACCAAAUCCCUGAAGUUGGGCGACUUUGGGCUGGCGACGGAGGUGAAGGGCCCGCUGUACACUGUGUGUGGGACACCUACUUAUGUGGCCCCUGAAGUCAUUGCAGAGACAGGGUACGGCGUGAAAAUUGAUGUCUGGUCAGCGGGAGUGAUAGCGUACAUCUUGUUGUGUGGUUUCCCUCCCUUUUCAAGCUCCUCAGAUAACCAAGACGAACUGUUUGAUUUGAUCCUGACAGCAAGCUACGAUUUCCCUAACCCUUACUGGGAGGGAAUCUCUGCCCCUGCAAAGAAUCUGGUGAAACGAAUGCUGGAAAUCGACCCAGACAAGCGGCUGUCGGCUGGUCAGGUUCUGCAGCACAAGUGGGUCUCGAGUGACGUCAUAUAUGAGGCUGAUCUUCAGAAGAUGGUGUCAACAGGCCUUAGCACUUUUUUCAGAAGAGGCCCGAGAAGUAUACCGAAAAAUGCUGGAAUACAGAUCAUAGCGACGACCGCCUUAGACAAAGUUUCCAGAUAUUUCCAAGGCAGAGGCUCACCGCUCGACAAACUACGCGGCAUUGAGGACUAACUGGACCACCUGGGAAUGUAUGACCGAUCCAAUGUAGGCAGCAGCUCCAACAUGAGGAAUUCGCCAUUGUCAUCGUCAUUUCUGGGAACUCGUGUCGUCAGUCACAGGUUGUGCAGACGAUGUGUUUUGUCGAAGUAAACAGGAAUGCUGUGAGGUCAUUCAGAGAAGGGAUUCCUUUGAAAAAAUUACAAGACGUUAAUAGGAUAGACGUUAAGCGCAUAGAGCAUUGCAUAGGUGGACAUGCGCUAUAUAAAUCCAAUCAAUUAUUAUUAUUAUUAUUUGGGAUUCUUCAGCAAAAGAUACACAAUGGUGGACAUAUUUAUUUUUUAACCUCUCUAUCGUUGUGUAGAUAAACGUAGUCGUUUAUGAUCUCUCAAACUGGUUAUCUGCCAUUUUCCCCCUUAUGCUUCAUAGAGGACGUUCUCGAAGAUAUAUUUGUAAGUUGUUCAGUAAUGUACUCUUGGUCUUAAUGAGGAGAAAUAUAUUAUCGCUUUGUUUAAAUCCCUCUUGAAUGAACAUUUUUAUCGUGUUGGAACACAACGAAGAAACGAAUCAGCAUUGAACGGGUUGAUAGAAAUAGGACUUUAUUGUUGAAUAGUUUCCGAUGUAUAACGAAUAGCGUCUCAGUAUAAUAAACUAUUAUGUGUACUUUACAACUUCGAUUAAAUCAUAUCGUCAGCACAACCACCGUUUGAGCCUGUGGUACACGUUCGACUUCAAGGCAAGCCUGCGUUAAAUGUAGUGAAACUUACUUGUGCGGUUGGCGUUAGGAUGUACUGCAUCUUAAUGUAUUCUGUCCUGUAUGGCAGUCUGUGAAGUGAAUGAGUUGAUAUGAUAAAAACACACGAACGACUCAA